GUAGCUUAGCCGCUUCUGCUCGCGCCCUAGCUCAGUGAAAAUGUAGUUUUGAGAAAAGUGCUUAGCUGGACGAUGUGAUCGUGGUCAUGUGCCUUAAGGUGGAUAUAAGCACUGCAGUCUUGUGGAAGACAACACCGUGGGUUUAACUGAGACGCGAAUCGGUGGACUUUGGUUCCAGCCGGGAGCACGCGCUUGUUGGCUGUGGUCCCACUACCUCUCUGUAAUGGAUGGCUCUUGCUGUGGUCAUGCCAGACGUAGAACCUUUGCCAUGUGAGUAUUCCCCCGCAACCUCUCCUGCUGGCUGCAGCAUGGACCUGGAGCCUUGCUUCAGCAAGUUGCCAGAUCCUCUCUCUGUUCUUGGCCCCCCACUAUCUGGUUUCCCUCAACACAGAAACCCAGCAUACAUCAACCUAGAUGCACCACUGAACCGCUAUCCAGCAGGACCCAACAACAACCUCCUUAGCAACAUGGGACUUAGGUACUGUUCCACCAGCAAUAUGCAUCCACUCAAACAGCCAGAGACUCAGUCUAGCUACCAAGUGGGGCAACUCUCACAAAGCUGUGUCAACUCGGGCAAUAAUCGACUAUACCGUAGCCUGGAAAAUCUGCACUGGAAUGCCGACCCUGGUAUGUACACUUACAGAAGCAUGGAGAGUGAGUUUGUUCUCCACUGUACCUCCAGCAGUCAGUGGUAUGAUGGAACUUCUCAGGGAUCACAGGUCUACACUAUGAUGCACUCCCCUGAGAACAUGGCUUUCUGCCCUCGUCAAGGACUAAUGAGGAAGGACUUGCCCCUCUUUCCUCAGUGGCUUUUUCCUGCUGUGGAGGACUGGGCCAUGAAUGGAAAUGCCCGGAAAGGCCUGAGAGACAAACUUCGCCUUCAGAGCACUCGUGUGUCUGAGCCUAGCAAGCCCCUUCGUCCUCAGACUUUGCUACAGAACACCUUGCAUUCUUUUAGUGAUCAUGAGAUGACAUCCCAUUUUGGCCAUCUCUCUUCUCCAGGACAGCCAAAUGGCAAAAAAGAGCUGCAUGCUCGUCGUAUCACCAGCCCAGAGGAAAUCAAGCAGGAGGUGCUGCGGCGGCUACAGCUUCACAGGCAGAGGAGCACUCCUAAUCUGGCACUCAGCUCAAGCCAGGAAGCCAACUUCAGCAAGUCAUACACCUCUGAGCAUGUCAGUAGUAUUGCCCAGUCUGCUCCUGAGAGGAAAAGACCUCCCAUGAGUCGCUUGCACAUCCCGACAUUUGAAGAGUUUAAGAGGAUGAGGCAAAAAGAGAGUGCUGAAGGCCUGGGUUCAUCAACAGCUCCAUCCAGUGGAGUGGCCAGACAGGAAGGCCAGUGCAGAGAGGGAAACUGUGAAGAUAAAGUUAAAGACAAAUUACAUACUGAGGCUAAAUCUGUUACAGAAGUCUGGCAAAACUGCAGCACUACUGAUGCAGCUCAUCCACAUGGUUCCAAAGGAGUAGAGUCGAGUAACAGCAGAUCCAGUGAAGAAGCUUCAGAUGCCCCAAUCUGCACAGGACCUGCACCUCGCUCUCCUCUGCAAUCCCAGAGUACAACUGCAGGGGAAGAGCACACUGAGAAAGCAGGAGACUCUGGAAUUAUGGAUCCAGCUAUAGUCCCUUUCCCGCCCAACAGGGAGAGUACUGAGGGGGCAUCAACCUGCUGUCCUGCCAUAAUCUUGGAUGGGAAAGAUCUCUCUAGUUAUGGAGCCAAGAUCUACAAGAUGAAGGAUGACCUCCUUGGUUCAGCCCUGGACCUCAUAAAGAAAAGCUGCAGUGCAGAGAUCAGCGCUAAAGCCCCCGUCAGGCUGUCACAUGACCAGCACGACGGUACUGACAUCACCACUCCCCAGCCCGGGUGUCAAUCUGCCUGCGUUGCCAUGACAACGCCGGCCUGCAGACAGGAGGCUUGCAGUGAAGCUACUGGACGAGAAGAGCCAAGAGAAUGCAAGCUGUUUGGGUCAGGAUGCAGGCGCUCCAGCUCGGACGCGACCUAUGAGCCGGCUGGAUCGGUGAGGGCGCAGCGAGAGUGUCGCCUGCGCCCUCACUACAGUGACCCCAUGCCCACUGACGCUGCCAAACGCAAGCAGCUGGAGAUGAAGAUAGCUGCAGCUGCACGUCUCCACAGUCAACGCAGGGACAGAGAUAGUGGUACGCGCACAGUUAGGGGCCACUCUGAGCCUAGAGGAGAAAGUCGGAAUGGACGCUUGGGUGUGAAUCGUGCAUGUCAGCACCGCUGGAGUACAGUGAGCAGUGUGAGUGCAGACAGCGGUGUGGUGGGGCUGAGCGAUGAGCGUGAGGAUGAGGAGGAACCACGCCGGACUCAGCGCAGUGCCGGAGCUGAAGUGGAGAGAGUGGACAGUGGUAUCGGGUCUGGACUGGCACCGGGCUGGAAGAGACCCACGGAAUCAUUUAAAACAUGGGAGGCCCAGCGGCCAUGCCCAGACUGUGGCCAUCGAGACACUACUAGAGAGGAGGGCAUGUGUGAGCGAUGCUUAAAGUUACGGACCGAGCGCAAGGAAGCCAUUUUGGAGUUCCUCAACACAGAGUCGAGUUACGGCGAGGAUCUGCGCAUCAUCAAGGAAGAGUUCUACUUUCCCAUGCAAAGUGCAGGACUGCUCACAGCUGAACAGUUGACUGUGGUCUUCAGCAAUGUGCAGGAGCUUAUCGAUGUGAAUGACAGGUUCACCGAGCAUCUGCAAGACAACAUUGACCAAGCACUCGAUCAGGGAGAUGAAGAUCUAUUGACUGUAUGCAUUGGAGAAAUCUUUCUGGAGUUUGUCAACAUGCUACCAGCCUUUCAAACCUACUGCUUGAAGCAAUCCACGUCUGUCAACAUGCUUAACACACUGGAGAAGGAAAAAGAGUUGCUUAGGAUUUUCCUUGACGUAUCCCAGAAUGACAAUACGGCCCUGCGGCGCAUGAAUCUGCGCUCCUUCCUCAUGGCUCCACUGCAGCGUGUAACCAAGUAUCCGCUGCUGCUGAGCCGCAUCAUCAAGGCCACUAACGAAUACCACCCUGAUUACGAACGUCUGAAGGAAGCCAAAAGUCGUGUGGAGUCUCACCUGGAGCACAUCAACAUGAAGAGCAAGCAGGAGGGCACAGCCACGUGGUCCCUGCGAUCCUUCCGGCGCGAGAGCCGCAAGAACCGUGAAGUUAUCAACAUUGAGAUGAGAGAAACAUCUAUGAAGCUUGUAGGCUGGGCUCGUGAGAGCACUCGCUUUAUUAUGGAGGGUCCGCUGCAGAUCUCACAGCCUGCUGAUGGCCAGUGGGUGAAAAAAGGCAGCAAGUCCCUCAAGUUCCAGAACGUUCAAAGCCUGUUAAUGGUGCGUACGGCAGACGAAGGGGUACGUGGAGACCAAAUGGAGGCCUUCGAGACAGUGCAGGAUGGUGUGCUGGUAAUGAUUAAAGAUAAAAGUAGUGGCAAGUUUGCUGUACUGCGUGAACCCAUCCAUCUGGCUAACUGUGUGGUUUCGACCGACCCGGACUGUGAUGACACAUUUGAGGUGCUGGACAUCCGACGCGAAGCCUUUGUUUUACGUGCCUCUGACAAAUCACGUACACAGCAGUGGUUCCGUCUGAUUAAGAGGUACGCAUGUGAUCUGGGGCUAUGGAGAAAAAGACGCAACGCACUCCCUAAUAUAAUGAUCAACACGUCCCAGAGCCGCUCUUGAGACUUAUUUACACAACUGAAAUCUGGUGAAAAUCUUUUGAAAAUAUUGAAUUGACAGUAUUAUGGAAAACAAAUGUUGAUUUGGCCAGAAAAGUGCACUUUCUAUAUAAGUAAACUCUGACAUUUACAAAAAAAAGGGGGAAAAUCAGCUUUUGGUGGACCAAAACUAGAAUGUGGUUAGGAACAAUUUACUAUCGACAUAAAUGUUUUCAUUAAUUAUUUGUAACAGCAUGAGUGAAAAUAUUUGUUUAAAAAUUCUAUUCAGAAAGAAAAUUAUCAUUAGAAAUCCUUUUUAACAAAGACGCACAAAAGUGACAACCAGUGUAAUGUGAGAAGACUGAACCAGAUUCCAUGUGGUGUUUUUUUUUCCAUUAAGACAUGUCACAGCCCUCUUCCUCUCUUUUCAUUAGUCUGAAAAAUGUCAAAAUGUUCCAUUCCCACUAGCAGUGAAGCAUCCAAGGCAAUCUGCGUAUGUGUCGCUGCAGUCUCACGACAUCUGAAUCCUGCAACACCCAUAUACCUGCAUUAUUAUCACUGUGCUGGUGAAACAAAGCAGCAAUAAUCAACAAGCAUAUUGUAGCUACCGUAAUGCUGGUUUUAACUCACUGUAAUCCUUCCUAAAACGCUGCAGUAAGACAAAAUGAUAGUGACAUUUGUUUUAUUUACAUAUACAGUAGCAAGUCUUUUCUCAGUCAGUUGUGUUGAUUUCACUAAUUGCUGUUGCCACAUUAAGGUAGUGGUGAAACUGCAUCUACUCCUCAUAUAGUAGCAGUAACUAAAUAUUGGAGUGUCAAAAAGAGAUCUUCCAAAUCCAAGAAAUGUUGAUCUUUUGAUAAUUGAUGAGAAAGAAAACCGCGUGCCUUUCGUUUGAUUGCCUCCUGACACGUCAGAGCCGAUCUCCCCCACUCCAGUGAAAUCUUCUGAGAAAAAGUAUUGUUCUUUUAAACCUCUCCCACCAUCUCCGUCAAGUUAAUAAAAACUCUUAUUUUCUGUUUAAUGCACUUUAAUCUACGAUGUGGAAAUAUUUGUUUUUUAUUAAAAGCUUUAUUCUUUACUUUCAUAGCUUUACAAGAAAGUUGGUGGUUGACGAGCGAUAUUCAUCACCCAAUCAACUAGUAUGGCAUGUUCCAUAUUUUGUUCUGAUGGUAGAUAUAAUUUAUAUUUUAAGCAUGUAUUUGCAGUCGCAGUUCCCUUGUGAGUGAGCAUGAGACAUAAUUUAAAUUAAAUUGUAAAUCAUAUACUUGCAUUUUUUAUGUACAGUUCAAUUUCAGUGUCUAAACUUGUCUGCCAUAUUAAAAAAAAGUUGUGACAAUAAGUACAUCCACAAUGGCACUUUCUCAUCCCCAUACUACAAAAAGGAACCUUUUAAAAAGGCAUGUGUAACCUCAAAUUUGUUUCAGCCUGAAUCAAUACUUUAUGGAUUGGUGCAAAAAACAAAAAACAUCCUGAGAGUGAAGGGUCUGCAAGCUGAAACACCUUGUUGAGAGAUAUUAGAAGAGAAUGUGAAGAGACCAGAGUGGUCUGAGCUGACAGGAAGCCUGAAGUAACUCAAAUAAGCACUCUUUACAAUCUUGAUGAGAAGAAAAGCAUCUCAGGAUGCACAGCACAUCAAAGGUAAUUGAGUUGAUUGAUACAACAGCAGCAGGCCACGUCAGGUUCCACGUCUGACAGCCAAGAGCAAAAACUUGAGGUUAUCAUAAGCAUAGACACACUCAGGACUGGAAAAAAAGACGGUGAUACAACUGUCCAGUUUGUUGAGUCUGUGCCCAGGAUAGCCUCUAGCCUUCUUGGUUGACAGGAGAGGAACCUGAUGAGGUUUCUGCUGUUGUAUCCCAUCCACCUCAUGGUUUGUUGUUUUGUGUAUGCUAAGAUGCUUUUCUGCUCACCACAUUUGCCAAGAAUGAUUAUAUGAGUUGCUAUAUUCUUCCUGGCAGCUUGAACCAAUCUGGCCAAUUUUCCUGUAUCAACAAUGUAAUUCAAAGCAUAGCACUUUUCACUCAAUCAAUCUGAGACUGUUAUUUAUGAAAAUCCCAGAUCUGCAGUUUGUGAAAUACUUAGUCAUCUGGUACCAACAAUUCAAAGAUUAAAUUCCUCAUUCUGAUAUUUGACAAUUGAACAUGAACUGAUGUGUAUCUGCAUGAUUUUUUGCAUUGUGCUCCUGCAAUAUGAUUGGCUGAUUACAUACCUGCAUGAAUGAGCAGGAGUACAAGUGUUUCUAAUAAAAUGGACAGGGAGCAUAUAUAGUUACAAGACUUAACAUUUUUCACUGAUAUGCACCAACAAAUUUUUAAAAAAAUCCAGUUUACUUAUUUUGCUUACAGAGGACAUAAACGUGUGAGACACUAACAGUGGACUCACUGCAGCUUACUCAUUGAGAAAUGCCCUUAUUGUCGCUGGAUAAAAUGCAGACCUUGCUGGGAAGACUGGCUGUGCCUUUUUAUUCAGACAUCACUUCCUCUAAAAUAUGUGAUGUCCACUGGAGGUCCCACCCACAUAAACCACCCACUUGAUUGACAGGUCUAGUUCAGUGACUAUGCAGAUGCAUACAGGAUUUCUAAAAAAAAAAUGUGUUUUAUUUUGUUCCAGUGGAUGAGAAAGUGCAGUUGUAAAUAUUCAGACUGCAAUUACUGCUUCGAUGUAGCACAACCAGAACAGUUUAUACAUUCAAAAUGAAAUGUCUAAUAGACUUUGUUUUGCAACUAAAUUAGAAUCGUGUCUCUUAUUAUUAAACACAGUCAUAAGGGAGAUGCAGCUGCAAACAUUGUUUGAAUGAUCAUUUUUCUAAUUAGCAUUUGAGUAUCAUUUGAAGUCCAGAAAAUGCUGCCAUAAUUGAGGUUAUCUGGGUUAGCAUUAGCACUGAUAGACAUGAUUUGUUAAUACAGCUACCUUUAUGGGGGCAGAAUAUUGUUUUUCAUUACAAAAAUGAAUCAAUGGCACAGCAAACACUGCAGCUUCUAUAUUACUCAACAGAAGAGGGUUUUAACUCACCACAUCAGCAGUUAUUCUUUUAACUGAGACCAGACAUGCUGUUUUUUUUUCUUUAUUUACAAAACCUAAUUUAAUAAUUUCCAUGUGUAAAAAUUGGUGAAUUAUAUUAAAUAUAAAUGAACAAGAAUUA